AAAGGAUUUAACCAUGUCGGACGACGAGAAGCUCCACAGCGGCUACCACGGCUGGAUGAAGACGAUCCCAAAGACGUCGCAGGACUUCACUCCUUUGCGGAUCGACAAUGAAGCGGCGGUGUCGGCUCCCGUUAGUCGGAGCGACUCCAGCUCAGUUUGGAACAGUGCAGGCACUUGGGAGGAGCGUGACAAGUCCGAGUGGGCUCGUGAGCGGCUCAAACACCACAUCCUGGAGUCUUUCAGCUUUGAGGAUGAAGCACAGGGAUUAUCAAUUAAGGCCACGACCUUCGUACGCUGCGACGGAGAGGCCAAGGUUGUCUUCAGUCGCGGCAAGAAGCGCUGUGGCUACGAGCUGUCCGUCAAGUUUGCUUGGGAGAGUGGUGACGACAUCUCGGGUCAUGUCGAGCUGCACGACUUUGACGACACGAGCGGUGACGAGUACGAGGUGCUCGUUACAACGAACGGGAGCAGUCAGCGCGAGCUUACUGCCAAGAAGGUGGUGGCUGACAAGGAGCCGGAACUGCGCAAGCUGCUUGCUCUUUGGAAGCAGGAGCUGCUGCAGCAAUAAAUUGAUACAUGUUGUGUACACCUGUGCGUGUGCGCGUGUUUUCAAUAUGGCUAGAUUUUUUAUAAAUGUACAGUAGCGACUGCUAGU